AUGUACUCUCAAAUCCAUCAUCAUCAUCAUCAACCGAGCUUUUAUCCAUCUGCUACCUUCUCUUCUCCUCCGUUUGCGGAUAUGAGCACUACUACAGCAAUUGCUACUACUACGCCUCCUCCAUUGACGCCUCAUCAUCAGCAUUUGAUGGAUGGCAAUGAUGUGGCCUUUUCUGGUAGUGAGGUCUCUUUUGCUCAACAAGAUUGCUUUAUGGCUCUUAUGGGUAUUCCUUCAACCACCCAUGUCUCAUCCGCUUUCCCUGUACAUCAACAACAACGGCCUCAGCAUCAGCAGCAUUAUUACAACCCGCCAUCCCCAGCCACGCCUGGUUCUCAGCACUAUGGCUAUGGGUCAACUAUUCAAGAGCCUUGGGCACAAAAAGAGGAUGACAUGUCGUGGAUGAUGAUGAAUCCUAUCACCGCUAAUAACGACGACCCACUUUUCUUUGACUCAUCACUUGUGUUGGCCCAGCAACAGCAACAACAGCAACAGCAGCAUCAAUCAUCCCAUACCAUUGUCACUGCAACUGAGCAGUCUCCUCAACAGCAUGAAGAUACGGCAACAGAGCAACCACCAUCACACAUCAAUCCUUUGCAAAUAUUGUCACCAGAAGCAUUGUUUAGCCUUUCACCUACACAUCAUAGCGAUGCCUUGUUUAAUGAAAUGGUGUAUGAUGAGCCACCUGCCGGCAUGGAAAAUGACAUGAUUUCGCCUGGUGAUACGCUAAAGUAUUUGGAUUCAUCAACAACAACAACAACAACGUGGUCAUCAUCAAGUGGUGCUAGUAGUCUUGCUGAUGAAGAUCAAGGUGGUGUAAUAGCAUCAUCAUCAUCAUCGUAUGUGCACGAGAAUGAUGAAAGUGAGCCACACAAUGAAACCAUCGAGAGCACGCGGCAACAAGAUCCAACCAUGAGCAGCGAUGAUGAGGAAAGCUAUGUGGAGGAUGACGAUGAUAGCGAUCCUGAUUGGUCAUUCUCAUCAAGGCGGCAACCAGCUACACGGCGGCACGUGCGCAGUGGUGUCUCUGCCAAAAGGAACAACAGGAACAAGGCACUACCUUUAGUAGCCAAUCAUAAUGCAUCAUUGGCACGCCAUUCAAAACCGGAUUUGACCAAUCACCAUGAUGGAACCAUCCACUGUACAAAUUGCGACACAACCAACACCCCCCUUUGGCGUCGUAAUGCAGAAGGCGAUCCGCUUUGCAAUGCGUGUGGCCUCUUUUUCAAACUUCAUGGCAUUGUACGUCCCCUCUCUCUCAAGACCGAUGUCAUCAAAAAACGAAACCGUGGUAGUAAUUCGGGUGGUAUCAAGAAACAAUCGCGUCGACGUCGUUCUUCCAAAAAGAAAUCAAAGGCUUGA